CUAAGAGAGACAAGGAGCUCAAACUGAAGUAGCUCCUCCCGCCCAUCCAGAAGCAGCAUGGAGACGAGACGGAAGAUCGAAGAGACGGUCAUGGCGAUACUGCGGCGCGCCGACAUGGAAGCCAUGACCGAGUUCAAGCUCCGGAGCGAGGCCUCCGAGAAGCUGGGCUUCGAUCUCUCCGACAUCGACAGCAAGAAGCUGGUGCGGAGCGUCCUGGAGUCGUUCCUCCUCUCCGACGCUGCGGGCGAGGACGGGGGCAAGGGAGGCGGAUCGGAUGUCCGAGGAGAGGUCGACGGGGUUGCCGCGGAGGCGCCGGCGAGGGAAGUGAAGAAGGAGCUCGGCGAAAGUGGAGAACGCCUCAUUUGUGAGCUUUCAGAUAGGAGGUAUGUGACUAUUCAAGAUUAUAAAGGCACAAAUAGGGUAUCAAUGAAGGACUACCAUGUCAAAGAUGGAAAGCAUUUUCCCAGUGCUAAAGGAAUAAUCUUAACAAAAGACCAGUGGUCAGCUUUGAGGAGCAGUCUCCCUACAAUAGAGGAAGCUAUUAAAAAGUUGGAGUCAAAAUUAAGGCCGCAAACCAUUGAUGUUGCCAUCGAUGCUGUUCCUAACUCAAUGGCCACAUUAGUUCAGGGUCUUGUACCCAUUGAGAUUAACCGUUUUGAUGGAAAGAAUUAUCACCACUGGGCACAACAGAUGGAGUUUUUCCUGAAGCAAUUAAAUAUUGCAUAUGUUCUCACUGAUCCACACCCAGUGGCCAAUUUAAUACCAGAAGCAAGCGGUGGAGAAAUUGCUCAAGCAAAAGCUGCAGAACAGAAAUGGAUGAAUGAUGACUACAUUUGCCGUCGCAACAUAUUGAGUUCUCUGUCAGAUGAUCUCUUCUAUAAGUACUCACAGAACACUCACAGUGCAAAAGAUCUGUGGGAAAAGCUGAGACUGGUUUAUCUUCAUGAAGAAUAUGGGACUAAGAGAUUGCAAGUCAAAAGGUAUAUUGAAUAUGAGAUGGUUCAUGGUAAAUCAGUCGUUGAGCAAGUCCAAGAGUUGAACAGCUUGGCAGAUUCAAUUGUGGCUGCUGGAAUUUCAGUAGAUGAGAAUUUCCAUGUCAGUGUCAUCAUAUCUAAACUACCCCCAUCUUGGAAGGAUUUCUGCUUGAAGUUGAUGCACUAUGAGCAUUUGUCUUUCCAGGUGCUGAUGAAUCAUUUAAGGGUUGAGGAAGAGUUGCAAAAUCAAUACAGGUCCAAGGAACCUCCUGGUAUUCAGCUAUCAGGUAAAGUUAGAUCCAGCGAUAACAAUAUAAGGAACUCUGGAAAAUCUCCAAAAAUAAGAGAAUCUGAGACAGUUGGCAAGCCGGUGGUUUGUUAUAAUUGUGGUAAGAAGGGACACAUUUCGAGGCAUUGCCGAAGUAGAAAAAGUGACAAGGAAGCGAAUCUUAUAAUAGAGCCAGAAAAUCUCACUUUACCUACACAAACAGACGUGGGACAUUGCUGACGACACCGGAGUCAUUUCUGGAUAUACAGACCUUCCAAGUAGUAGCACCCUAUACACAUGCUUGUUUUUCUGCAUUGAUCCUGUUGUCUGCAGAUCUAGAAUUAAGGGAUCACUUAACCGUGAAGUUUUCCCCUGAGGGCCGGGAUUUAUUCAAUAGCUUUGCUUAUGAAGUUGGUGAUUCUAUGUAUCAUAUUGGAUUUUCGUGUUGGCAAUUGCUGAGAAAAAGUAUAGGGUGAUUGAUAGCAUAAACAAAUCAUUGACGUUACUCUUUUCCAACCUAAAGCAUUUUCAUUCACAAAUAUAGAUCUAUUGGAGAA